AUGUCCAGUUCGGAGAAGAAUGGCUCGGAGCCGGAGAGCUUGAGCUCGGUGCUGGCCGACACCCAGAAAUGCGAUGGGCCCUGCAAGAAGUUGUUCAAUGUCAGCAAGCUGAAGGUCUACGACUGCGGGCAUGUGAUUUGCGGCAACUGCUUCACCGAGAUGCCGUUGAGAGGUGCGUUUUUGAAUUUAGGAAAUGGAUUUUGAUAAAAAAGGCGAUUUUUUGCGAAUGUUUGGAUUUUUUUUGGAUACGCUUUUGAGGUUUUUUUGGAAUUACCGAUUUUUACCUUUUAAUAAUUUUGGAGGUUUUUUGUGGAUUUUUAGAUUUUUUGGAUACUUUUUGAUCGCUUUUGAGUGUUUUUAGGAGGAUUUUGAGAAUUUUUUGGAUACUUUUUGAUCGCUUUAGAGGGUUUUUCUGAUUUUUUAAAUUUUUGGAUAUUUCGGAUCACUUUUGAGGUUUUUUGGAAUCUUUGGAUACGUUUGGAUCGCUUUUGAGGUUUUUUCUGAAUUUUUUAGUUUUCGGAUACUUUUGGAUCACUUUUGAGGGUUUUUCUGAUUUCUUUAGUUUUUGGAUACUUUCGGAUCACUUUUGAGGUUUUUUUGGAAUUUUUGGAUACCUUUUGAUCGAUUCCGAGCUUUUUAUGAUUUUUUCCAUUUCUGGAUACUUUUGGAUCGCUUUUGAGGGUUUCUGGAAUUUUCGGAUACUUUUGGAUACCUUUUUCAUUUUUUUCAGUUAAACCUCAAAACUUAUUCAAAACGCAAGAAAAUUAACUAAAAUUUUUUUCAGGCGUUGCCGAAGCCGACGGCCGGUGUCUGUUGGGAGAAUGUCGUCGGAAGUUCGAAAACAGCCGAAGACAACAGCCCCGACGCCAAGCCUCGAUUCAUCGCUACCUGAGCGACGCGGUCAGCGCGCUGAGACGCACCAAGUACGCGCAUUUGGUGCAGCCGCCAAAGCCGUCGCGUGGCGACGAAAGACACAGUGGCAGUCUGGAGGAAUCGAAUGGCUGCGAGGAGUGCCGAGCACGCGCUGAAUGUCAAUGCUGUUGCAGCGACUGCUCGGAUCAGGUCACGUUGGUCAGCAAUCCCAAGGUCAGAUUUUUGGAGGGUUUUGGGGGCUUUUUUGGAGAAAAUUUUUUAUUUUUUGUCUAGUGUAAUAUAAUUUUUGUCCGACAAAUACAUAAAAGCUGCUCAAUAUCGUAGAAACAACCCUAAUUUAUCUAGGAAAGCAUUGAUUUUGAGAGAAACACCAAAAUUUUGAUCAAAAUCCGACUUUUUUUGUCUAGUGUAAUAUAAUUUUUGUCCGGAAAAUACGUAAAAUUGGUUUCUUAUCGAAGGAAAAACUCUAAUUUAUCUAAAAAAGCGUUGAUUUUGGGUAAAACACCUAAAUUUUGAUCAAAAUCGGAGUUUUUUUUGUCUAGUGUAAUAUAAUUUUUGUCUUAAAAAGACGUAAAAUUUGUUUAUUAUCACAGAUCGGACUCUAAUUUAUCUAGAAAAGCAUUGAUUUUGAGAGAUACACCAAAAUUCUCGCCAACUUUGAUCAAAAUUCUACUUUUUUGUCUAGUGUAAUAUAAAUUUUGUCUCAAAUACGGUUUGAAUUACUUUAUUUUUGUAAAUUCGAACUCAAAUUUAUCUAAUUUAACUUUACUUUUGGGAGAAACUCCAAAAUUUUGGUACUUUUUAUCAAAAAUUGUAUUUUUUGGCAAGUACAAUAUAAUUUUUGUCUCUAAAACGGCCAAAUUCAAUUUAAAAUCGCUGUAAGAGCUCUCUUAUUACUAUAUUUAAUCUUUUCGACUAGAAUAGAUCAGAAAAUUUGGUGUUUUCUUAAAAAUUUUUUACCUACUAUAAUAUUAGGUUGUCCCACAAAUAAUGUCGUUCUUCAAAAGAUUUUUUUACAAAGAAAUUUACCGUAAUAAUGAAAAUAUUUUUGAUCAAAAUAAUCACCAUGUGUUAUACCACGCUAUUGCAACGCGUUGAAAGCAUUUUUUUGCCAGCGGCUUUGAAACCCCGGCUUCUGGAGCCGAUGAAACUUUUGAAGGCCCAUUCAACAGGGUCUUGAUUGAUAAAUUCCCUACCACGGAUGAAACCCAUUAGAUUCUUCGAAAGGUAGCAAUCUGUUUGAGACAUGCCUAACGAGUACUCCGGACAAAGGAAAGUCCCGUAUCUCCAUUAACUCAACUUCUGGAGCGUCGUCUUUACAACGUGGGGUUGCGCAUCGUCGUCUUGAACUUUUGGAAUUCCCCGGCGUGUUUUUGAAAGCAUAUUCUGCCAUAAGCUGUCUACCUGAAUGCAGCAGGACCCAGCAUUUACAUUUUGGCCAACUUUCAACGAGCUGUAUUGUGAGAUACCCAUGCUGCACCAUCCAGCAGUGCCCAUCACCUUGUUUAUGGGAGGUCGCUUUGCCAAGUGCCGCGUUGGUACCCUCGGUGGACUCCAUUGGGCACACUGGUUGUCGUACAGUAUCUGCUCUUCAUCAGGGGUCACGAUCCGAUCUAGAAAACUCGGCUCUUCGGAUUGUAAAAGCAACAAACGUGACACCUCCAUUAAUGGUUUGGUCCAUUAAUAUGGGAAAAAGCUGCCGAGCAUUUUGUUGAAUUCCAUCGACUUCCAACGGUUAGCCGCCGAUUAUUUCAACACCCAGACGAUGUCAGAGACACGUCGGAUGUUGAUUCUAGGAUAUCUGACAACUAAUGGCCCCAGGGUAAAUUCAUAAAGUUCAUAUGCUGGACUUUAUCUUUGGUCCCUCACCGUCAGAUCGAAUUUUUUUGAACCAUCGUUUCACCGUGUUCAGACUCACAUCAGACUCGCCGAACACGGCGUUGAUAUUUUGUAUAACUCCUGUAACUUUCAUACCCUGUUUUUGCAGGUACAACAUGGCGACACAAAUCGACUUUUUUUCAUAAUUUUUGAUUAGGGUUAAAAUACUUUAAUUUGAUCCAAAUUUGACAAAUGAUAUAUCGAACGAAAGCUUGAGUUCUCGACUACAAAACGAUGCAAUAUUGCGAAAUUUUAUUGUCGUUUACCUUUUUUAUAGACUUUGGAAACUGCCCCUCUCGAAAACGACAUUAUUUGUGGGACAACCUAAUAUAAUUUUUUUGAAUUUUUAGCCCCUCGUGACCAAGAAAACCGCCCGUUUAGCGAAUGGAGUCCUCAAAACCACCAAGAAGAAGGUGACGCAGUCCGAAACGCGCGGAAAGAAACCCGAUGGGACCGUCUACACGGUGAAGAGCACCACUACGGUCGAGAUGAAGACUUGGCAGGACCCUAAAUCCAGGAAGAACUUGCGCACGCAAAGCGAAAGCAGUCAGAGCAGCGACAUUGAAAGCGAUCGCAGCAUGCCCGUGCUCUAA